CAAAUACGAGCGUCUUGCUCUUGCGCUUUUUGCCAGCAGACAACCCCCGCUUUCGAUCAGCCGGUUGUAUCGUGGCUUCCCGCCUUUCUUCUUUUCUUCCAUCGACGAACGUGUUUACUACGCCUCUCUGGUCAGCGAAACUCAUCGGAAACAUCUUAGGAAAAACAAGGGGUCCUCUUCGUAGGACUCUGAAUGAACGCCGUUCGCACAUUGUGUUCUGUGUAAGGGCUCGGUCUCCAAGGGUACCAUCGGAACAAUGGACAAUAUUGCGAAGUCAACCUUCUCGAAGUUCAACCAAGCGCUUGUGUCAGUACCGCAGGAGCUCACGGUUGCGGCUGCAAAUUUCAACCUCGAUUUCUCCUUAAUGAGGGUCGAAGCACCUAAGGAGUUCUUAGGCGUUGGAGAUGCGCUGUCUACGCGAAGAAGAGGUGAAGCAGAAGAGGGACAAGCUCAUAUUACGGCAAGAAAACUCGGUGCGCUCUUCGAAACCAAAGCACCGUCUGUGCCAUAUCUUUAUCAAGCUUAUGGGAAAAGAGCUUCUGAUAUAUCACGUCGGUCCAAAACAGAGUCCAAUAACGGAUUAAAUCCCGGAAUCUUCGCUUCUCAAGCUGGGCCUGACGGUACGAGUAUCUGGGCGGCAGCAACCUCUGGACCCGGUGCUAUCGCCGUCCAUCUUCUUGCCUGCAUGCUUGCGAGAAUGUGGAAAAGUCAUGAAGCUAUAUCGCUGUGGACCGAGUUGGUGGAGCGUCGGAAACAAGAAAUCACCGAGAGCCCGAUGGAGAAUAUUGCGACCAUAAUGGCGUCCAAACAAUCAUUUGCUAGACAGGAAUUGGCAGCGUGGGAUUCCAGUGCUCGCUCUUGGCUCCAAACUGCGGAUACUGACCGCAGGCUCCAACAAACUCAGCUCAUGCUCAUCAUCAAUUAUGUUCGACUUCCGGUUAAUUCAAAAGGGGAUGUGUACGAGAGCGUACUCGAGGCCUGGAGAUCUGGAUCGAUUGCUAUGGAUCGCUUAGUGCAAGGCAUUCCACAACAGGUUCAAGAGGGUGCUAUACUCCUUGCAAUAUCCUCCUGGCAUCUGUAUCCGAACAUGGAAGUUCUUCUCGAAAAUGUCAAAGACAUUGAUCAGCAUGACGAGCUCAUGGAGAAUGCACUGCUUACAAUCUCCGCUUACGGCUACGUGCAAGAUAAAGAGGGCGUUUUCUGGUCUCUACCUCUCGCAAAAUUACGGUAUUACUCGACACCUGUGACGGUGAAACGGCAAUUAGCUUCCAGGACUUCCCGCGUAACAAUUGAAGACUUUUGGGUCAUUGUACUGGGUGCUCUCAUACGGCAAUGGGCACCUCUCUCUCAGGAUUCGAAUAGAUUGUGCAAGCUAAUCAUCCGACUAUCUACUCUCGUUAAUCAGCCCACAGUUUCAAUUGAGUGGCUGAAGUUUCUCGAAAACGCCGCUCGUAGACUCCAAGAACCGAAUGAUCUAGAUGGUCUCCAGUCACGCAAAUUAUUGAAAUUGGGGAAGCGUUGGUGCGCGGCUUUACUCAAUAACCCUCAACAAGAUCCUCCCAUUUUCUUUGGACUACACGAUUUUCCCACGCUCCUCAAAUUCGUAACCGAGACGGAGAAAAAAAUCUCGAUACUACGUGAAAUUGCAACGACACUAAGUGCAAAUCCUCAAGACUUGCUUAUUCAAUACAAGGAAUCACUUGCUAGACCUGAGAGCAGAUAUAAUUCUGGAUGGUCCCAAUACUCGUUCGCCACAGCGCUGCCCAUAGAACCAUCUCCGAGUUUUUUGUCAUUUACCACCAAUGACUCAUCUACAAAGACAGGGCAGCACGACAACGACAACAUCCACGCGCGGUGGAUCGCAUCAGAAUUUUUUAUGAGAAGACCCUAUGAUGAGCAACAGUCAUACUGUCCGUACCUCGAUAUAACACCAAAGGAUAUGUGGACUAAUUGCGACAAGUCUCAGUGCAGAUGUGUGUAUUGCGCUUGCGAUGAGGCUAAAGUCAUCUGUACAUUGUCUUGCCACGGAAGCAAAGAAGAUCUCCUUGCUUGUAAAUCUUCUCGUUCGUUGUUGGACAGAACAGAACAAUCAAAGGGAAAAUGUGAACAAAGCCAAAGAGGAUUGCCUUGUGACUGGUGCAGUCUGCUUGCUCGGAGAAAAGAGAUUCAGCAGACCGGUGAGCUCUGUGGUAUCAUUCAAUCAGAUGAAAUUGUGCAAACGGACGGCUGGGGGUUUAAACUGCUAGGGCACUACAGCGAUGAUUCUCAACCGCCCUUCCGAGUACUUUUGGGUGAUGCCCGCGAAGCCGCUAUAUUUACGGUGAACUCAGUGAACCCAAGAAAUCAGCGUCCGUUGAAGGGAUUUGAAUUGCUUGGAAUGGCUCCGGAUAUUGACGACCUAGAGCUCUUUUUAUCAUCGCCGUUGAUAGAUACACAGGCACUGAAAGCCUAUUUGAGAUCAUGGAGCGACGCAAGGGGUACCGUUUCCGAGGAGCAACAAUGUUCAUUGGAAGCUAUGACCUUUGCAACAAAGUUAUACGAGUCUUUACCAGGUGCCACCAUAAGUGUCGAGACAGCUGAGAAGCCACUCUAUGAAGCAUGGUGGGUGGGCUCGGAGGGUCGAAGCCCAAAAAAGAGAUGA